ACCUGCACCCCGAGCAGUUGUUGCGCAUCCGCAAGCCCAUUUUUGGCUUGGUGGACAGUCCGGCCGCCUGGUGGAACAAGUUCCGGAAAACGAUGCAAGUGCUCACCGUGGACCACGACGGCAAGAAGUGGAAGGUGGUACAAUGCAGUUUGGAUCACUGUAUCUUCAUGGUGCAAGAGGUGAUCGCCAUAAAUGAGGAGGAGAUCAGCAGCCGUUUUCCCAUCAGAGACCUGGAAGCCGACAAGUUCGACUACGUUGGAUCCUACAUCGAGAUCGGGGAGAGCUGUGUUGACGUCGACAAGGACAUCCUCGACCACUUCGAGGCCACGGAGACCCAGAAGUACGAUAACAUGUCGUUGAUCGGAGCACUCUCGUGGAUG